AAGGUUUCCAUUUCGGUCAAACGCAAUUCGAGAAUCUCGGCCAUAUGUGUUGAUUCCUGAUACUGAUUCAUCCUGAACACAUACAGCCAUGAACACACUCGGCUGGCUCGUGCUCUGUGUCAGCAUUAAAGGAGGGUUCAGCGUGUGUUCGUCAUGUAGCAACAUUGCAAAGGUUCCAAGUGGGUACCACGCUGUCGGUUACCAUACAUCGGAUGCCCACAUAGAGAACCCGGGUCGUGGCUUCUACCAACAUCUGGAGACCACAUCAAGUCACUUCUCACCUCUCACAGUGCACUACUUGGACACAGUCCGGCAAGAUGAUGGGGUAAGCUUCGGACUGAGGAUCUAUGUUCUCGACUCGUUUGUACAUUCCGCCAUCAGCAGCACCUUCCUCAGACAUAUACGGGAUGACCUUGAAGUUGUGAAGGAUGCCGGUUGGACCGUGGCUCUGAGGUUCAGCUACACCAGCCACAGUCGCAAUACCGCCCCUUACGGCGAUGCAACUAAACAGUGGAUGCUGGAGCACAUCAGGCAGCUGGGACCGAUAUGGAAAGCAUAUGAGGGGGUCAUAUCAGUCAUACAAGCGGGCUUCAUCGGCAUUUGGGGCGAGUGGUACUACACGACCUAUUUUGGGGAUCCCAACCACUUGACCAAUGGGCUGUCAGCACGAAAUUGGCAGGAUCGUAGAGAUGUUCUCACCGCCAUUAUCGACAACUCGCCCACUUCCAUCCCCGUCCAAGUUCGAACUCCGCACUACAAGAUGAAGCUAUGGAACAGCAACACGCCUUCCAAUCUGGCUGACGUGGAGAGACACACACACGCUGGAAGAACAGGUCACCAUAACGACUGUUUCCUGGCCAGCGACGAUGAUGUUGGUACAUACGAUGACGUUGCGGCAGAAAAGUCGUAUCUAGCUCGUGACACGGAAUAUCUUCCCAUCGGAGGCGAGACAUGCGGAAAAGCACCACUCAAACAUGGUAGUCGCCGGAGUGAUUGUCCAACUGCUUUAAAGGAACUGAAGGAAUUCCACUGGUCCUUUAUCAACAAGGGUUAUUCCCCUGAAGUGUUGGGCGACUGGAAAUCUCAGGGCUGUUUUGUUCAAAUACACAGGGACCUGGGGUACAGGUUAUCUCUAAAACAGGCGGUGCUUCCUACUAAGACAGCCCAUGGAGGUACCCUGUGUUUCCACCUGGUUCUCAGUAACACAGGUUACGCAGCUCCCUACAAACCCUGGACCGUCAGGCUAGUUCUCAAAGCGAAAUCAGGCGGAAGAUACCACUGCCCAAUGUUGACGUGAGACGAUGGACUGCUGGACAGGACCAUCCUUUUGAUGGAAGCAUCGGCGUACCACCAUCCCUGCCAGCAGGGUCGUAUGA